UGGGGACUCAGAUGUCUGGGGUUGGUGAAGACAGCUUCCAUGUUUCAGGUGUUGUUGCCCCGUAGCAAUUGGCAGAUGGGAGAUAUGUUUCUCCCUCACCUGAAUGCAAGAUCAGUACUUUAAAGUGAGCUGCAGAAGACAGCUGGCUCUGAACUGCUUUGCCAAAAGGUGUGAGCAUGCCUUCCCUUUCACUGGCUGCCCUGGGACUGGAAGCUCAGAGGGAGCAGUGAGGCAGGACUGCCUUUCACUCAGGCUGGACAUUACAUUGUAAAAAUGUUUCACUGUUUUUCUUCUUUCUGAAACAAAGUUAGAAUGUUGAUCAUUUUUCUUCACGUUGUGAGUUGGAGCAUGGGGCACGCAUGAAUUUACAUGAACGCGCACCUGCAGAGCAAGACGAGCUCUUCUCACAGCUGCUUUCCCCUUAGACAAGGAAAGAGAAGAUGGGUGGCCAGCUAUUGAGCCCUAGCAAGAGUAGAAAUUAGAGCAACAAGAGCAUCUCCUUUUGCAAGAGGAGCAGUCCUCGCUGCUGUGGCAUUGCUGGUGUGUGUGGCCUUACUCUUUUAGUUGUACUUAGAGGAACAACUCCUGUCAGAUGUGUGAUGCUGAGUGAGGAUGCACUGCAUUUCAAAGGAACGUGUAAAAAAAUGGCUCAAAUGCUGCUGCUUCCAUCCCUCCUGAAUACACAAUGUCUUCUAGUGGCUUCUGUGUUUGUUAUUUCCUCUAAGAAUUUUUUUUAGAUUGCCAUUCACCGUGGAUCUAUGUAACUUUCCAUAGGAAAUGUUGUCAUUCAUCUGCGGCAGUUUUGAUCUCAUUUGCCAGCGAGAUAUUUUUAUUUAGUGCAACAAAUUGUGAUUCUUAGCUGCUUUUAAUACUGAAGUUGGUGCAUGGGCAGCAGCUAUUCCAAAAGCAGCCAGAGCCAGCAGUCUCUCUGCCUUGAAAUUCAUUCUGGUGCCUUGUUCUUAGCUUUCCUUGUGUUCUGAAUUGCAGUUCUUGUAAUGAAUGUGCAGGCUGCUAGAAAAUCAAAGUUACAAAUGCAAAAUUCCAAUGAAAAAGGAUACCUUUUUUAAAACACAGAGGUAGGAUUUUGUUGUUGUUGUUGUCUUUUACUUUCUAAUGUGGGAUUAUGGCUGUGCUGACAAAACCAUUUUUGAACCUUACCUUAGCACAUCAUCGAGGCAGUGCUCAUGGUGCCAGUUGGUGAGCCCUGCUGCGCGUCCCUUGUGCUACUAAUGCAAACCAGUGCCGUGUCUUCUGGAGUCCCAGUGAGCUUUUGCAGUGAGUUAAAUAUGUACUAAAAUAGUUUCUGUGGUUACUCUUUCCUGCUUCUUUGUUUUGGUGAGCUCCAGUGACGCCGAAGAACACAGUCCCAGGAGCCUGCUGUGCUGCUGCUGGGGAACCCAGGGCUCUACUGCCUCAGCCUAGGCACCUUUGGGAAGGCUGCAAGAACAAGGCUUGUUUAGGCCUGAAGACAAACGUGGGACGAUGUCGGAGGCACGGCAUGACAGCACGAGUAGUUUACAGCGCAAGAAGCCGCCGUGGUUAAAAUUGGACAUCCCGGUGCCAGUGCCUGUGCCGGUGCCAGAAGAGCCAGUGCAGCCAACAAGACGCCAGGCCUUUCUACGAAGUGUGAGCAUGCCUGCUGACAACAGCCGCGUGCCCUCCUUGCCUCAUGAAGUGAGGAGACCGGUGCUACAACGACAAACCUCAAUCACCCAGACCAUCAAGAGCAGACAGGUACGGUUUCAAAGGAGUCAGACCCUGCCUGUUCAGGGGAACCGGGUGGGCAGGAGUUCCCUGAGAAAGCGGCAGUCCCUGCCCCGAUCGUUUUUCAGAGGCACAGCUGACUGGUUUGGAGUAAGCAAAGACAGUGAUGCUACACAGAAAUGGCAGAGAAAGAGCCUGCGCCACUGCAGCCUGCGGUAUGGGAAGCUGAAACCUCAGGUCAUCCGGGAAAUGGACUUGCCCAGUCAGGACAAUAUUUCUCUAACAAGCACAGAAACCCCCCCUCCGCUGUAUGUUGGGCCCUGCCAGCUGGGCAUGCAGAAGAUCAUAGACCCUUUGGCCCGCGGCCGAGCUUUCCGAAUGGCUGACGACAGUGAUGGCUACAGCAUCCCCCACACCCCCAUCACGCCGGGUGCCACGUCACUCUGCUCCUUCACCAGCUCACGCUCGGGCUUCAAUCGCCUCCCGCGACGGCGGAAACGGGAAUCUGUUGCCAAAAUGAGUUUCCGAGCAGCUGCGGCUCUGGUGAAGGGUCGCUCUGUGAAGGACAGCACACUGAGGAGAGCUCAGCGGCGCAGCUUCACCCCAGCAAGUUUCAUGGAGGAGGAUACAGUGGAUUUUCCAGAUGAGCUCGACACUUCUUUCUUUGCUCGGGAAGGAGUCCUUCAUGAGGAGCUCUCUACUUACCCGGAUGAGGUGUUUGAGUCGCCAUCAGAAGCUGCGGUCAAAGAUACUGAAGUGAAACCUUUAGACCAGACGGAUCUCACAGGAGGUGCCUUGGACAAAAAUGAGCUUGAAAGAAGCCACUUGCUACUUCCACUGGAGCGAGGCUGGAGGAAACAGAAGGACGGGGGCCUGGCACAACCCAAAGUCCGAUUGCGGCAGGAGGUGGUGAGCGUCAGCCCGCAGAAGCGCGGGCAGCGCAUCGCCGUGCCGGUCAGGAAGCUUUUCGCCAAGGAGAAGCGGCCGUACGGCCUGGGGAUGGUGGGGAAGCUGACAAACCGCACCUACCGCAAGCGCAUCGACAGCUAUGUGAAGCGGCAGAUUGAGGACAUGGACGAUCACAGGCCCUUCUUCACAUACUGGGUCACCUUUGUGCAUUCGCUCAUCACCAUCCUUGCUGUGUGCAUCUAUGGCAUUGCCCCUGUGGGGUUCUCACAACAUGAAACUGUUGAUUCAGUUUUGCGAAACAGAGGGGUUUAUGAAAAUGUCAAAUAUGUUCAGCAGGAAAACUUCUGGAUCGGCCCCAGUUCAGAGGCCUUGAUCCACCUGGGGGCCAAGUUCUCACCGUGCAUGAGGCAGGACCAGCAAGUGCACAGCUUCAUUAAGGCCAAGCGUGAGAAGGAGAAGCACUCAGCAUGCUGUGUACGAAAUGACAAGUCCGGUUGCGUGCAGACUUCGGAGGAGGAGUGCUCAUCCACCCUGGCUGUGUGGGUGAAGUGGCCCCACCACUCCAGCACACCAAUGCUGGCAGGAAGCAAGAGGCAGUUUGGGUCUGUUUGUCAUCAGGACCCCAGGGUGUGUGAGCAGCCAGCCUCGAUGGAGCCACACGAGUGGCCAGACGACAUCACCAAAUGGCCGAUCUGCACAAAAAACAGUGCUGGGAAUUACACAAACCACCUUCACAUGGACUGCGUGAUUACAGGCAGGCCCUGCUGCAUUGGGACCAAAGGAAGGUGUGAAAUAACUUCCCGAGAGUAUUGUGAAUUUAUGCGGGGCUACUUCCAUGAGGAGGCAACACUUUGCUCUCAGGUUCACUGCAUGGAUGAUGUCUGUGGACUCCUCCCUUUCCUAAAUCCAGAAGUCCCUGACCAGUUCUACCGUCUCUGGCUCUCACUUUUCCUACAUGCUGGGAUCCUGCACUGUCUGGUCUCAGUCUGUUUCCAAAUGACGAUCCUGCGGGACCUAGAGAAGCUGGCAGGAUGGCAUCGCAUCUCUAUCAUCUACCUGCUCAGUGGCAUCACUGGGAACCUUGCCAGUGCAAUAUUUCUACCCUACAGAGCAGAGGUUGGCCCUGCAGGAUCCCAGUUUGGGAUUCUGGCUUGUCUCUUUGUGGAGCUCUUCCAGAGUUGGCAAAUCCUGGCACGGCCCUGGAGGGCUUUCUUCAAGUUGCUGGCUGUGGUGCUCUUUCUUUUUGCCUUCGGCCUCCUGCCUUGGAUUGAUAAUUUUGCUCACAUUUCAGGAUUCAUCAGUGGUUUCUUCCUCUCCUUUGCCUUCCUGCCCUACAUUAGCUUUGGGAAGUUCGAUUUGUAUAGGAAGCGAUGCCAAAUUAUUGUUUUCCAGCUCAUCUUCAUUGCACUCUUCUCAGGACUUGUGAUUCUAUUCUAUUUCUACCCCAUCAAGUGCGAGUGGUGCGAGUUCCUCACCUGUAUACCAUUCACGGACAAAUUCUGCGAGAAAUACGACCUGGAUGCACAGCUUCACUGAAAGCAAAGACUGGCUUCUCGAGCAGGCACUGGAGAUGGACUGUCUUUGCAUUUGCUGUGCUAGUUCCACGAGGACAAAGCUUCUAAUCCAGUGACACUUCUAACCAGGGCUGUGGUUAAUUUAAACCGUCUCUAGCACUCGGCAGGCGUGGUUUGCCUUAUCUCAGAAGACUCUGAACAGAAUGUUGGUGCCUUGUUCAAUUGUAUUGAACCUCUUCUGCUGCCAUUAUUUUUAUUAUACUAGUUUCAAUACUACAUUUUUAACUAGAGUUAUUUACUACUGCUAAGGUGGUGAUUAAAUGGAAAGGUAGCGUUUUAGCUACUGCUAAUUGUUUUGCA